AAGAUUGACUAAGCGGGCAGUGAAGUGAAGUUCUUGAAGCGGAAAUGGGAGACCGAUGCUUUCCAAACUCGAUGCCCGACUUCGUACCAGAAACUGCAGCUGCUGUAGAAUCAAUUCUCUCGACGCCUUACCCAAUUAUCUUGGAGCGCUUCAAACGGGCGGCUUUGGACCUUAAAGAAGCUAUAGUUUUGGAGACAUGGGGAGUAACUGGGCAACGAGUGCGAGAUUUCACUCUCUAUUCUGGGGCUCUUGGAACGGCUUUCUUGCUGUUGAAAGCUCAUGAGGUCACUUCCAACCAUAUUGAUCUUAGUCUCUGUGCUCAAAUUCUUAAGGCCUGCGAUCAAGCAUCUUCCAUGUCCACGGAUGUGACUUUCAUUUGUGGGCGUGCGGGUGUCUGCGCUAUUGGAGCUGUGGCAGCAAAGCGUGCUGGUGAUGAGCAGUUGCUCUGCUACUAUCUAGGCCAAUUCAAUGAGAUUAAGCUGCCAAGGAAUCUCCCGGAUGAGUUGCUAUAUGGAAAAGUGGGUUUCUUGUGGGCGUGUCUAUAUCUAAACAAACACAUCGGCGAAGGAACAAUCGCGUCAGUUCACACUAGGGCAAUUGUAGAGGAAAUCAUCCAGCGAGGGAGGGCGCUGGCGAAGGGAGGAGCAUCACCAUUGAUGUUCGAGUGGUACGGUGAGAGGUAUUGGGGUGGUGCACAUGGACUUGCAGGGAUUCUGCAUAUCCUGAUGGACAUGGAGCUGAAGCCCGAUGAGAUUCAAGAUGUGAAAGGCACUCUUAGGUACAUGAUUCGAAAUCGUUUCCCCAGUGGAAACUACCCUUCAAGUGAAGAAGACAGGGGCCGAGAUAUACUCGUGCAUUGGUGUCAUGGUGCUCCUGGAGUCGCCCUCACGCUUGUUAAAGCAGCAAAGGUGUUUGGAGAAGAAGAGUUCGUGCAAGCGGCUGUGGAUGCAGGAGAGGUAGUGUGGAGGCGUGGGCUGCUUAAACGAGUUGGGAUAUGUCAUGGCGUAAGUGGGAAUUCAUAUGUGUUUCUGUCACUCUACCAACUGACAGGGAAGGUGGAGUACUUGUACAAGGCCAAAGCCUUUGCUUGUUUUCUCCUUGACAGAGCUCACAGGCUGAUUGCAGAGGGAGAAAUGCAUGGAGGCGAUAGCCGCUACUCUUUGUUUGAAGGAGUUGGAGGGAUGGCUUAUCUUUUUCUGGACAUGAUCGAGCCCUCCAUGGCCAAGUUUCCAGGAUAUGAUCUCUGAGGAGGGAUGUAAGUAUUUUGAUCUGUAAAAUAAAUAAAUUUCCUAUCUUUUUCUUUGUUUCAUAUUCCACUCGAUGUACUGCUGCAGAACCCAAUCAUGGCGAUGUAUGAUCUUGAAAAAGGUAGCUAAGGCGUAUAUGAUUUGUAAGAAGAACCUGGGUUCUGUUAUCGAGCUAUUUACUCAAUGACUGCAAUUUAUAGCUUAUGAUA